UCCCGUGCCCAGUGUUGUGCGAGGGUACGCCACCGCUGUGCUCCUCGAGCGCGCUCUCGGCGCUCUCGCUAAUAUGAUUCGCUCCGGCGGCUCGGGCAGACCCUACUCCCGCGAAGAAAUCUGCUGGGGCUCCUUCGAGCGCAACACGGGUGCGUGGUGUCCGUUCACCGAGCAGGACGCCAUCGAGGCCGCCUAUCAGGCGAACGAGGCGUCGAUCCACCUCCCCGCCUGCUUUGACGCGACGGUGCACUUUUCUGAGCCCCAUUGCUUCCAGCGGACGCCCGCGGUCGGCUCCAAGCCGUCGGGGUUUCGUUCCGUCCUUCGCGGCGAGGUGGGCAGCGUGGUGCGGCUGCAUUACUGGGCGAGCAGCAAGACGUUUCGGCUCGACGCGCCGACGAACGAGCCGCCCUCGUACGUGGUGGAUGUCAAGAUCGAGGCCGCGCCACAGGAGCGGCCGGUUGCCUGGCAGUGGCUCGAUCUCCCCCCGAGCGCGCUCGCGUCUGCAAUGGACCUCAACUGGCACUCGUUCGCGCCGGAGCACUCGGAGGCGAUCGAGCAGGCGUCGAGGGCGACGAUGGGCCGUGUGGAGAUCAUCAUCGGUCUGACCAAGUACGUCAUCCAAAACUUCAACGGCGCGUAUGCCGAGCAGCGAAACGAGAGGACGGGCGCGCGCAGGUCGGUGCGGCGUGGCUACGCGUCGGAUGCAGCGCCGCCCGCGGCGCCCGACGAUUUGGCCUCCGACUUUUGCGGGCGCAGAGCCGCGGAGCCUCACCCACAGACAACAGCCCCGCCGAG